UGUUUUUAAAAUUUUUUUCAGAAGAAUUAUUGCAAAUUAAUUAUAUUGUUAAACGAAACAAGUUUUUUAUAUUGUUAUUUAUAUUGUUUUUUAUAUUGUUAUUGUUUUAUGUAUUGUUAGUUUAAAAAUGAGCUACUGGACAAAACGAAGGAAGAUUCAAAAAAAUGUUGCAUCUAUUUUCGAUGAAAUUGCUGAAGCUAAUAGUUUUGUUUUGAAAGAUAGCUCAUUACCUUUUAAUAUGAGCUGCAAUAACUCAAAGUAUUAUGCUACUCCGGAGAGUUUUAAACCUAUUGACACAUCUAUUUUUUCUUUAAAUUCAGUUUUUCAUGAUUGUGUCAACAGCUCUGAUGGAAUUUGGGAAACCAAUGAUGGAAAAUUAAAUAGUUCAGAGUCAAUUUUAUCCAUAGACAAUUCAAAUGUUAUAAAUGUCCUAGUUAAUGAUUUGACCAGUUGGGCAACUAGGCACAAAAUUACACAUGCAGCUUUGGGUGAUUUAUUGGUUAAAUUGCGAAAAUAAUUUCCUGGCUUACCAAAAAGUCCCAAAUCUAUUCUGAAAACUGAACAAUUAAAUGUUGAAGUUUUUGAAAAUUCCUAUUCUUAUUUAGGCAUAAAAAGUGGACUUUUAUCUGAAAGUACAGAAUGUUUUACAGAUAAGACUGUAACAAUUCAAGUCAAUUUUGAUGGUUUGCCUUAUUUUAAAAGUUCAAGCAUGCAGAUAUGGCCAACUCUCGGUUUAGUGGAAAAAUUUGAUGGAAUAUUGCAAUGUAAUAAAAAAUCAUUUGUUAUUGCGCUGUACUGUAACAAUUGCAAACCUAAAAACAUUACAGCUUUCUUAUCUGACUUUGUUUUAGAAGUUAAUGAACUGCACAAAAAUGGUAUCACACUUAACAGUCAACAUUAUUCAUUUAGAAUUUCUGCAAUUAUUUGUGACACCCCAGCAAGAGCAUUUGUAAAAUGCACUAAAGGUCAUAAUGCGUAUCAUGGCUGUGAUAAAUGUGAGCAGCAUGGUGUAUAUAAUGAAAGAGUAACUUCUCCUGAAACUGCUGCAACAUUAAGAACAGAUGCAUCAUUCGCUAAUAUGUCAGAUCAUAAGCAUCACAUUUGUGUAAGCCCUCUAGCUCAAACCUCUAUUGGUUUGAUAUCACAAGUCCCAGGUGGUUAUAUGCAUUUGUCAUGCCUGGGCAUUAAGCUCAAAUUUGUGUAUUUGUUAAUUAAAGGUCCUUUGAAAACACGUCUCGGUCCACGUGCAGUAUUAGAUUUAUCAGAAAAGUUGCUUCAUUUGAAAAAAUGUAUAUGUUCAGAAUUUGCUGGAAAGCCAAGAGCAUUUUCUGAUUUUGAACGCUGGAAAGCUACAGAAUUUCAACAACUUCUGUUGUAUACUGGAAUGGUUUGCUUUCGAGAUACAUUACCUGAUGUUUUGUACAACAAUUUUAUGCUUUUUUGUAUCGGAAUGACUAUUCUUCUUAGUCAUUCAUUGUGUCACAAAUAUGUUGAUUAUGCACAUAGUUUGCUUGUGCUUUAUGUGGAACACUCUUCAAGUUUAUUUGGACCUGAAGUUGUAACUUAUAACAUGCAUGGACUAGUGCAUUUAGCACAAGAUGCCAAACAAUAUGGUCCACUAGACAAUAUUUCAGCCUUCCCUUUUGAAAAUUACUUAUCAAAUCUUAAGAAACUUGUAAGAAAACCACACUUACCAAUUGCAACAAGUUUUAAGAAGGCUAUCAGAACAACAUCUUGCAGAGUCAAUCAAUAGUGAAACUAAUAGCACACUUUUUCAGUUAAAAAAAGAGCAUUUUGAUGGACCUUUGUGCAAUAGUGAAAAUAUAAAUGUGCAGACUCAACACAAAGAGCUCUAUACAAAUAAAUUUUGUAUUAAGGUUUCACAAGGUGACAAUUGUUUUAAAAUAAUAACUGGCUCUAUAGUUCUAGUUAAAAAUAUUAUUAAAAGUUGUUGUGGUCAAAUUUAUCUAGUGUGCAGCAAUUUUGAUAGUGUUAAGAAUUUUUUCACUUACCCAUGCAAUUCAGAUACCAUUGAUACUUUUAUGGCAUCUUAUUUAGCUAAGGAUCUUUCAUAUGUUUUAUUAUCAGAAAUAAAACAAAAAUUUGUUUUACUGUCUUACAAAACUUUGUUACUAUACCUUUGCUACACAGUUUUAGUUGAAUAAGUUUAUUUUUAAUCUUAUAUUGCACAUGCUUUGACUAUCCUUGACUUGGAGACAUGUUCAAUUUUUUUUCUAAACUAAUUGUAAUAAGUUUGUUUUAAUAAGUUUAGUAUUUUAAUAGCAAUAUAUGAAGACUUAGUUAUCGAUAUCCAGUGUAAGCAAUUUUGAUUUUAUAUGCCAUUCUGAAUAUAAUUUUAUUUAAAAUAUAA